ACACCCUGUCCAGACUUCAUCAGAAUCAGAAGAAGCAGAAGAAGAGGAAGAAAGAGUUCGAACCCCGUUGCUGGAAAAUCUGUUUGGCCGAAAGACUUUAAAGCCUCCGUCGCUGACGACGACGACGACGGCGUGAGCCUGGUUGAUUGUUAAGCCCUAAUUUUGUGAAGCGAUGGUUGAGAUCGAGGAUAACAAUCUCAGCUGUGGAGGGGAGGGAGAUAAAAAGGUUCAAAUCUCUAUCAAAACCGUCGGCCCCUUUCCUCCCUCUCUCCUCAAUGUCCCCUCUCCCAUCAAAGUACAGGAGUUGAGAAAAUUGAUUGGUGGGAAUGCUGAUUUACCUAUAGAGCAUUUGAGCGUUAUACUGCGAGGGAACGUAUUGCAUGACAACAAAAAUGGUAUAGAAGAAUUCAUCCAACUUAAAAAUGGAGAUUCACUGAUUGUUGCUGUUAAACCAAAGCCACCAGUUAAAUAUAAUGGUGAUGUGUUAGAUGAAGACGAUGAUGAAGAGGAUCUGAAGUUUCAGCUUCCUCGGUUAACAAGUGGGUGGAAGAGGACGCUUUUCUCUUUUUUACAUGAUAAAUUGAGGCUCCCUGAUAUGCUGUUGAUGGCAAUUUUCUCCGUCAGUCUGAAGGGGUGGGCCAUAAUUGUCAUGUGGUUUAUAUUGGCACCUGUUGCUCAUAGAUGGGAUUUGGGACCUUUGUAUAUACUCGCCACAGGGUUUGCCAUCAUUUUCUUUAAUCUUGGAAAGCGGCAGCAAGGUGACGUGAGCGCGUACUCUAUCUUCAAUGAGGAUUUCAGAGAGCUUCCUGGGACCCUUAAUGCAGAUCGCCUGGAUAGAGACAUCCGAGCAGGCCAGUUCUGAGCCUGCUUUUGCUACUCGUGAGGCGCCCAAAUAUAGCGCAACCAUGUACAUGAUGUACGUACAGACAGACAGCGCAGAAAACCUAUCUGAAGGAAAUCACAAGAGGCGAGUAAUAUGGAGGAUGUUCAUUCAUGUAACCAUCGAAACAUGUGUAAAAUGAGUAGGUUUUUUGUUUGAAGAACCUGAAGAACAGAGCAAAGUUUGUAAGUUUAGAAAUAUCCCUUGGUUGAAGAGUGUGAAUGUAUGGUGAAGAAAUCUGAUUUAACAAGAGGCAUAUUUUAGCUCCGAUCAAAAAAAUAAUAAAAAUGAGGCUUAUUUUAGCUCA